AUGCCUUACACACCGCCCUCCCAGCGCUCGCCAACUUCCUCCAAGCCGACCAGCCCUACCCUCAGCCGAAACCAUUCCUACGUCGACACCCAAGCCUCCCAAUCGCCUAGGAUCUCACAACGGCCAGCGCUCCCGCGCUCGGUAUCGUCGACAUCGUACCUUCACAAGCACCGUCGCUCGCCCUCGUUUCCCACCGCCACUCCCCUUACCAAUGGAACUCCGGUCGAUAGCAGCAUGGUAAAGUCGCCGACAGACGUUCGUCGGAGCCGCGGCUCUUCAAAGACUAAUGGUAGCAUUCGCCCGUCUCCUCCUCCUGUGAACGAUUCUCUGAUACCGUCAGGUGCGAUCACCACUCCUCCUGACUCGUCGGACGAUGAGGACCGCGGCCGUAGCGUUGGCAACCUGAAGGACCUAGAAGAGGCGCUGCAGCACAUCAACGUAAAGAGGGUCUCAUCCCCAGAGCGAAAUGGAGCUACCACGACGCCGUCGAACACGCCUCAGCUCAUGACCGCUGCACGAUCACUCUCGGCCGAGGCACGCAAGAUUGCACACUCUCGCUCGUCGAGCGAGAUCAUGCUCUCCAAGCACAACGUCGAGCCUCUCGAUACCUGCCCAGUCAUCACCACAUCAUCGGAUGACAGCGACGCGGAAGAUGAUGGGUUACGGAUGAAGCCACCGCUACUCCGCAAGAAGUCUGGCGAGCUAGUGAAGCCUGCUCUUCGACCCGCAUCACGACGCAGGCCGUCGAGCAUGCCUGGUACACCCACCUACUCCAAGGCUGUGCACUUCAACGAGGAGAUCGAGCAAGUGCGGCACUUCUUGUCGGUUGACCGACCGAUUGCUGUCAGUGCUGGCUCAUCGCCCGUUGAGACUUCCUACGAGAGCGAGAACGAGUAUCCCUUCGAGGACGACUCCAAGUCUAAGACACCGGAGUGGGAAAUCAAGCUGGCUAACUGGCCGUUAUCUGAGUCCUACGAGCGACAGACCGCACCUGUGCGUGUCGAGCGUAUUGCUCUUGCAUCAGACAACCAGACCCUUGUUGGCAACAUUGCAUGUGCCAACAUUUCCUUCCAGAAGCUCGUCGUGGCUCGCUUCACUCUCGAUUACUGGAAGACGACAUCUGAAGUUGUUGCUGAGUACAAUCACGAUGUUCGUAAGAAGCAGGCAGACGAUGGCUAUGACCGCUUCAACUUCAACAUCAAGCUCGCUGAUCAGGCCAACCUUGAGUCCAAGACUCUGCUACUCUGUGUUCGCUACCAGAUCAAUGGUCAAGAAUUCUGGGACAACAACAACUCGAUGAACUACCAGGUCGAUUUCACCAAGAAGGUCAAGCAGCAGCAGCAGCCGAAGCCCAGGCGUUCCAACAGCGGUGGUCUUGGUGCGAUCCCUCGCAGCAGGCACUCACCUCUGUCAUCGCGUCCACGCUCAGCUGCCGCACUUGACGAUGACUUCGGUCAUGACUUCGAGAACAAGUUCCAGUUUGGCAGCUCUGGCCGCAUCACCGGCGAUGCACCCAGGUCUGCCAUCCGCCUCAAGCCUAAGAGCAAGCAGCGUGCCCAGAUGUAUCCUGAUCAGGGUGCUCGUCGAUCUCAGGGCGGUCAGGCUUUCUCGUCUCGCUAUGACUUCGGUGCUUCCCUCUCAGCUGCCCUCACCACUGCCCAGACCGCUUUGGGUGACCGCAGUGGCCUCAAGGUCAACACAACCGAUGUCAACAAGGGUUACUUCAACCGUCCUGCUCCUCUUGCCAGGUCACACAUGACCGGUGCACCCGUUCCUGGAACUCGACCUGACACGUUGUCGUCUGACAGCAAGCCUGACCUCCAAUCCGCAGAGUACAACGAGUUGAUCCAGAAGUUUUGUUUUUUCGGCACACCUACCGGUAAAGGCUCACCCAAAGCUACUACGCCUUUGGUCAAGAACGGUCACAGUGACGGUGCGACUGAGUACAUGAACAGUGCUGAGUCGUCCGCCACUAGCAGCCCGCCCUCACCAGCUAUGCCUGUCAUGAUAGAUGGUGCGAAUGACAUCAAACCUUCUCGAACACCCUCACCUUUCCUGAACCGCUCCACAUCUCCCGGUCCUGUCACAGGAUCCGGACCGGAAGACCUUCUUGCCUCUCAGUAUCAAUAUGGGUACAACAUGCACGGUGGCAUCUUCCCUGAGCGCAGCCACACACCUCAAGCAUGCGUUUGAGCUUUGGCUCACAUCUUUCCAGGCUACAAGGCCCAGCCUUCAUGCCUCACGAAUCUUCUCGGCCACGAAGCUACGCUUACGACCUGACUGGUUACGAUGAGUGGAGCGGACGUCGCUGUCUUACCAGUGACUGAGCGCUCACGAGUCCUGUUCUUUCCGGUACGAAUCGUCGUUGCGAGCCUAGCGAUUGUUGUUUCUCUCCGGUCUUUCAUCAUGGCAAUCGGUUUCCAGCAUUACCUCCGGACGGCUCCUUUUGCUGCAUUUACCGGUUGACCUUAUUGCGUGUUCUUUACAGCUGGCGUUCCUGGGACC